GAAUAUUUUUUUUUUCUUCAUCAUUUAGAUAUAAAUACGCAUCCAUACACACUCUUUGUUUCUUUAUCUAUUAUUUCUUUAUAUAUCAUGAGUAAUCUUAACUGGUGCACAUACUGUGAUAAUGCUAUCAACUCCUUUUCUAAUUCUCUGUAUUGCUCUGAAGAGUGCUUAAGAUCAGAUGCUCUUAACCAUCAUCCACUUUUGGGCUAUGACUAUGCUGAACUCAAAGACUUUCCUCGUUCCUCACCUGUACUCAGUGCCACAACAUCUUCUUCUUCAUCUACUCGAUCUCUAUCGCCACUCAUGUCUCCCACUCCUUCAUUCAAGGAACCUUCUAAUUUCAACUUGAAUUUUGACCAAGGAGAAGAACAAGAAGAUUCUGUUUACCAACACAUUUAUCUUCAGAAGCCCACUCAUCAAAAGCAAAUCAAGAAAAACCAUCAAAAACCUAUACCCAUUUACUUGCAAUCAUGGACAGUAACACACAACGAAAGCGUCUUUUAAUACAAACAAAAACAAACAAAUAUACCCCCCUCUUCUUCUUGUCAACAUCAAUCUAUUCUACUGUUAAAAAAAUCUUAUCUAUUCAUUGCUUCAUUUUACACAACUUGCAUUUUUCUUUCUCUUGUAUAAUAAAAAAAAAAAUUAUUGAUAAUCUAACCCCCCUUGCUCUUAUCAGAUUUCUAUAAUCCAAUCAGUAUGCAGUGAUUUAUCUGAUUAUUCCUUUUGAUCCUGACUUUAAACCUUGAUUAUGACUC